ACUUACCCGUUCUCCUUCGCACCCCUCCUCCCUCUUCCUCCCCUCACGCACAAAGAUAACCUACCUAGCCAACAACGACUGACGCGCGGUGGUUUCGAUGCAAAAAAAGGUACCAAGCCCGCCUGGCGGCGCGGCCGCUCUUCACCCAGGCCGUCACCACGUCGAUCUUGUUCGCCGUCGGCGACAUAACGGCGCAGCAGCUGGUUGACAAGAAGGGCGUCGAGAAGCACGACCUGGCGCGUACCGGGCGCAUGGCGUUGUACGGUGGUGUCGUCUUCGGCCCCGCGGCAGCGACCUGGUUCCGGCUGCUCUCGCGGCACGUCAACCUGCGCUCGCCGACGGCGACCAUGCUGGCGCGCGUGGCGUGCGACCAGGGCAUCUUCGCGCCCACCUUCAUCGGCGUCUUCCUGGGCAGCAUGGCCGUGCUCGAGGGCGGCUCGCCGCGGGACAAGCUCGCGCGGAGCUACAAGGACGCGCUGCUGACCAACUGGGCCAUCUGGCCCUUUGUCCAGAUGGUCAACUUCAAGCUCGUCCCGCUCCAGCACCGCCUGCUCUUCGUCAACGUCAUCAGCAUCGGGUGGAACUGCUACCUGAGCUACCUGAACAGCUCUUGAGAGGGGGGCAGGAUAGAGGCUAGCAGAGGGAGGGAGGGAAGAGGGCAAAGUUCCAUUCAUGCUUUUGUAAAAGCGUUCGGGUUCUGGAUUAUAGACCACAGCGGGAGUUUCUGGUCUGGCAGUGAGACAGGUUCCAAGGGCGUUUGCGUCUCUACUCAAAUGCUAGAUGGCAAGCAGACUAUCGCUGCUUAGCAUAUUACCCAUCAAUCGAUGGCCGUUCCCACUUA